AUGAUAUCGGACGUGUCGCAGUUAUCAGAACCAAUUGACAAUUUUGUUAAGAUGUGUAAGGAUAUGGCAGUGAUAAGAGCAGCUACUGCACAUUCAACUCCUUCUACCAGUGACUGCAUAAAGGUUCUAUACAGUAUGAAAGGAAUAGAAGAGGGAAGUUCAUUUUUCUGCAAUGUGCUAAACAUGUUUAAGGUCACUGAAAAUCGUGAAAUAUUUUUUGCGAUUAGAACUCCUAAGGAACGAAUGAAUUGGCUAAAUAAAUUAACAAAUCUGAGCCACAAACAAGGCGAGGAGAAACAAAGGGCUGAAAAGAUGAGAUUUUGA